GGCGUAGCUACAUCUGUCAGGGUUGUCUUCUGUGCGAGAGUUUUUCUUGAGUCUGUGAUCGAUAUCGUGAGUCUAGGAUCUAGGAGACAUGGGUUUCAUCAAUCCUGGCAUCGGGAUCGUCAAAAGCUGGCAGGGAAUUACUGAAAUCGCCAUCAGAGGAGCGCUCAUUAUAUUGGCGCUGAUCAUGGCUGCUGCUGGUGGCAGUUGUCAGUCUGCUGUGGGUCAGACCAACGGGUCCUUGGAGAUUAUAGGACUCACUGAUUCUGCUGGGGGCUGGCUCGUCUUUGUGGGGAUUGUUAUCAUCAUUUACGAGGCUGUGGUUAUUGCUCAGCGGUUCUUGAACGUCUCGAUCAUCAACGAACAAAUCUCCAUCGUCAUCAUUAUUGAUAUCGUAUUCAACUUUGUGGUAGCUGUGCUCAUUUUCUGUGCUGCUGUGGCCCUGGCUGUGUACAUUCCUCGAUGGCAGGGGUUUUUGCCCGGUGCUAAUGCCUUGCAAAGAAGCGUCAUCGAGAGGAUCAUUGGAGCUUCUGGAGCUGCAGCUGCUUUUGCUUUCCUGACAUUGUUCCUGCACAUUGGUAUGGGAGUGUUCAUGAUCGUGGGGGGUCUAGUCCUCGGCUGGGGGCCUACUAAAGCCAAGUAUGAGGGAAGUGCUGGGUCCAGUGGAGCUGUAUAGAUUGUGUUCAAUAUAAUAUAUAGAACUUUUAGUCCAAGACAAUUGUUUUUUGCCAAACAAAACUAUAUAUAAGAUUUUUGUGAUUAUUGUCGAUGUUCAAUAUUAUUAAAGAAAAGACACAAAGAAUGUAAGUAAUGACAUGAUAAUUAUUUAUAGCGUCUA